GUCGCCAUGGCGGUGGACAUCACCUUGCUGUUCCGGGCCAGCGUCAAGACAGUGAAGACGCGCAACAAGGCCCUGGGAGUGGCCGUCGGCGGCGUCGAUGGCAGCCGCGACGAGCUGUUCCGCCGGACCCCCCGGCCGAAAGGGGACUUCUCUAACCGAGCUCGCGAAGUGAUUUCACAUAUUGGCAAACUGAGAGAUUUUCUUCUGGAACACAGGAAAGAUUAUAUAAAUGCUUAUAGGUAAGUACUUAUAUUUUGCAAUGUUCUUUUCCAUCCGUGUCUUCCUUUAAGCUUUCAAAACCUCUUUGAAAGUUUGUUUAUGAGAAAGGGAGCGAGCAGAAAUGUGUGUCACAUCUCAGAUCACUGCCCUGGCUGGGCAGAAGCUGGAGCAGGCUCCGUCCA